GGCAGCAGGCCCUUGCACUCUCUAUUGGGCUGAGGUCCGGACCAAAGCUCAUCUCAUGUUGCCUUUUUCUUCCUCUUUGAGGCGCAGAACUCAUCUCGUACCUCCAACCCCUUUGCUCUAUCUCAUGUCCAGAAUGGAGCAGCGGCCAGAUCCCUGGGAAUCCAACUCGAGUACGAGGGAAAACCAUCUAGAAGCUGUCAAAUGAGAUAAGUAUUGAGUUCUCAACCGAAUCCCCCAUUUUAUCUCGAGCCAAAUCCAGUCCCGCUCGUCUGCUCGACCCGCCGCCGCCAGCCCCGCCCCCGCCCACCUUCUCUGCGCACCCCCUGCGACCUGUCGUGGGCCCAUGGAAGAGAGCCAUCUCCCAUCGCCCUGCACAGCUCCCUCCCCCCCCCCCACCGCCGCCAGCUCCGCCCCCUUUUUCUCCGCGCCCCCUCCCCCCCGCUCUCCGCCAUCUUCGCGCCCUGCCCGGUGCUCCUUCGAGGGCCCAUGGAGGUUAGCCCACCGAAAACACCGCCAGCCCCGCCCUCCGGCUCCUCCGCGCCCCCUAGCCCUCCGCCUUCUCCGCGCCCCGCCCGGUGCCCCAUCGUGGGCCCAUGGAGGUUUGCCAGCUGCUAGCACCGCCGAAAACACCGCCAGCCCCGCCCUCCGGCUCCUCCGCACCCCCUAUAAGUAUUUUGCUGCUUGUUCCUUUCCAUCUACAAGUGACGACGACAACAACGAACGCGGCGAGGACUGUAAGGAGGACGAGAAGCAGGAAGGCGAGGUUGGCGAGGAGGACGCCAAGGUGCGGGUUCGGCAUCGUCCACUCCGCUGUCGAAGGUGACACUGAGGUUAGGAUGAGGCCAUUGAAGCAUAAGAGAGUUGAAGCUCCAUGGGUCCCAAUGCUCGAGGACGUGCAUCCUUACACCACGUGGAGUAUGUGUGUCCGAGUGUACCACAAAUUUCACGCGGAGAGGUUCGCUGUUGGCAGGAAGAGGCUCAGCAUGGUGUUACUGGAUGAGAAGUGUAAGAAAAUGGCAGCUGUCAUAUAUGAUGACGAGGUGGAUCGUUUUGAGCUAUUACUUGCAGAAGGGCAGGUAUAUUAUGUGUGGCGGAUGUCCGCAGAACCAGUUAUGAGAAAUCAAGACUAUAUGUUUGCAGAUAGUUACUUUGUGUGUCGUUUCACAUCAGUGACAGUAGUUAAUGAGAUAAGAAAUGUGAACGAGCAAUUUAUCCCAUUAUUUCCGCCGUUUAUGCCUUUUGACAAAGUUUGGCAGUUCACUCUAGAUAAUGAUAUGUAUGUUGAUGUCAUUGGCAUGGUUAUGUAUGUGAGUUCUAUGGGGCACAAGUAUAGUUUCUACAACCGAAAGGUCCCACUGAGAAAUAUUGUUCUGAUGGACAGCAGCUAUAAUAUUGUGAAGUUAGUUGUAUGGGAUAAGUUAGUGACUGAUAACCUAAGUACCUGGGAGAAAAUCGCAGAGGAGCGUGCUAUUGUUGUGGCCACGAUGUUAAGUGCAAAGCACGACGCCUGCACACUACGGAUUUUAGUAGGGUCUACUUUGAUCCGGAUAUCGCAGUUGCGCAUGAAUUAUGGCGAAGGAUCAAUAAUUAGCUCAGUGGGCCACCCUCUCCAUGAGUCAAAGAAGAUGAACUAUGGUCAUGUUGCAAAACUGGAGUCUUAGCAUAAUAGGACUAUGUUUUGAUUAAGCGUCGAUCUUGUACAUGGUGCAGAACCAGUACUCAAUAAAGUAGUAUAGAUUGUCAAAGCUGAGGUUAGGGGAAGAUGAUUUUUUACCAAAGUUUAGUCAUUCUACUACUGGAUCAUAUAGACGCUGAAAUCUUUAGUCAUUCUUUUUUAUUGAGAAAGCAUAUGGAACCUCGUGUCAAUGAACAGAAGCCUUUUCUA